AUAUAUCUCGCCUCACAUUCAGGCAAUACUAGUCAUCACUACUCAAUUUAACUAGCUGCUGCAGAUCACAGACACAGAGAGAGAUGGAAAACAAAAUACAAGAUCAGCAACAGAGAACGAGUACAGAUGGAGCUUCCAAACGCAUAUCAGCCAUCUAUUCAGAACCCACACCACCACCACCCAGCGAACACUUUGAUCUUGAGCUUGAUCAUAAUACUGACCCUAAGGAUGAGCCUCAGAAGCCUGGAUUGAGAAAGUUUCUAGCACAUGUUGGCCCUGGCUUCCUUGUCUCUUUGGCUUACCUUGAUCCUGGCAACUUGGAAACUGAUCUCCAAGCUGGAGCAAAUCACAGAUACGAGCUGCUAUGGGUGAUUCUUAUUGGAUUGAUCUUCGCUCUCAUAAUCCAGUCUCUCUCAGCAAACCUUGGUGUGAUAACUGGGAAACAUUUGUCAGAAUUAUGCAAGGCGGAAUACCCACCAUUUGUGAAGUAUUGUUUGUGGUUGCUAGCAGAAGUAGCCGUCAUAGCGGCUGACAUACCCGAAGUUAUUGGCACAGCGUUUGCCCUAAAUAUACUGUUCAAUAUUCCAGUUUGGACUGGAGUACUCUUAACUGGUUUCAGUACUCUUCUCCUUCUUGGCCUGCAGAAAUAUGGGGUGAGGAAGCUGGAAAUGCUGAUAGCAGUGCUGGUGUUUGUGAUGGCUGCCUGUUUCUUUGGGGAAAUGAGUUAUGUGAAGCCUCCGGCAUCCGGUGUGCUCAAAGGCAUGUUCAUCCCUAAGCUCAGCGGCCAGGGAGCCACCGGAGAUGCCAUUGCCCUCUUGGGUGCCCUUAUUAUGCCGCACAAUCUUUUUCUCCACUCAGCUCUUGUGCUUUCAAGGAAAAUUCCAAAAUCUGUCCGUGGCAUGAACGAUGCAUGUCGAUAUUUCUUGAUAGAGAGUGGAUUUGCAUUAUUUGUAGCAUUUUUAAUCAAUGUUGCUAUUAUCUCCGUAUCCGGCACUGUUUGCCAUCAGAGCAACCUCUCGGAUAAGAACAACGACACAUGCAGUGAUCUUACUCUCAAUUCUGCUUCCUUUCUUCUCCAGAAUGUGUUGGGACGAUCAAGCAAAAUCUUGUAUGCCAUUGCACUAUUAGCCUCAGGCCAAAGCUCCACAAUUACAGGCACUUACGCAGGACAAUUUGUCAUGCAGGGUUUCUUGGACAUUAAGAUGAAAAAAUGGGCUAGAAACUUAAUGACGAGGUGCAUUGCCAUUACACCAAGCCUCAUUGUUUCCAUUAUCGGCGGAUCUUCAGGAGCAGGAAGGCUCAUUAUCAUUGCAUCGAUGAUACUAUCUUUUGAGCUCCCAUUUGCUCUAAUUCCACUCCUCAAAUUCAGCGGUAGUGCCACCAAAAUGGGACCCCACAAGAAUUCAAUCUAUAUCAUUGUGAUAUCAUGGAUUAUAGGAAUGGCAAUCAUAGGCAUCAACAUCUACUACCUCAGCACAGGAUUUGUAGGGUGGAUAAUCCACAGCAGUCUACCCAAAGUUGCAACUGUGUUCAUUGGGAUCUUGGUGUUCCCUAUCAUGGCCAUUUACAUCCUUGCAGUCCUUUACCUAGCCCUAAGAAAAGACAGUGUGGUAACUUUUGUUGAGCCCACAAAGAACGACCCAGCAGCCCAAAACCAAAUGGAAAAUGGGCGUCCCAACUAUGGUGAGCCCCCAGUGCCUUUCAGAGAGGACUUGGCUGACAUAUCUUUACCACAAUAGAGGACAUAUAUAUUUUCAUAUGCAUAUGCUUCCCACUUUGCAUUACGAGUGUUAGUCAAACCUAAUACCUGUUGAACUUCGUACUGGUUCAAGACCUUCGAGGAAAAGAGACGACCCGUGUUAGUCGAACUUAAUACCUGCUGAAUCUUUGUACCGUUUCGAGACCUUGAGAGGAAAGGGACCAGCGUUGCACUUAAGAAUUAAGAUUGUAAUGGUUUUUUAUGAACUAGAAGAUAGAAGCUCUUUAAGAAGUAGUAGGACUCUUAUUGUAUCACUCCGAUAAUGUCCCCGAGAGGACUAUGCGGUGUUCAUCAUAUUGAAUAAUAAAUUAUCUAAGGGAAGAAUAAUCAUUUGGUGUAUCAUGAA